AUGAACAAGACAUUCAUCAGCACCUGCAGGCAAAUUGGACGUGAGCCCUGUCCGGGUCCCCUGUUCAAGGACUGGGUCAGGGAGACCGGCUUUACCAACAUUACCCAUGAGACGUAUAAACUGCCAAUUGGUACUUGGCCCAAGGAUCCCCAUUAUAAGGAUCUCGGUCUCUGCAACCUCAUCCAGAUCCUGGAUGGUUUGGAGGCUUUCAAUUUGAGACUACUUACUGGCGUACUUGGCUGGACGAAGGAAGAGGUCAUGGUGAUGCUAGCAGCUUGUCGAAAUGAGCUGAAGACAGGCGUCUUCCAUGCUCGCAUGGAAUUUCACGUUGUUUAUGCUCAGAAACCAGAGGAGGAAGCUUAG